AUGGCCAGCUGCAGUAGAGUUAAGGGAAAGAAAUCGUGGCCUGAGCUAGUCGGGACACCAGGUCAAGCAGCAGCAUCCAUAAUCGAGAGACAAAAUGAUAAUGUCGAUGCCGUGAUUGUGGAGGAAGGAAGCUCUGUGACCGGCGACAUUCGAUGUGACAGAGUUCGGGUUUUUGUUGAUGACAAUAACAUUGUCAAACAAGUACCCAAAGUCGGGUAA